GUCAGAGCGCAGGCGGAGGAUUCCAACGCAGCUCUCUGGUGCCCGCCGUGAAACAGCGGCCCCGCGGGGCAGAGCAGGAACAAGCACCAUGGAUUCCUUCAAAGUAGUGCUGGAGGGUCCAGCACCUUGGGGCUUCCGGCUGCAAGGGGGCAAGGACUUCAAUGUGCCCCUCUCCAUCUCCCGGCUCACUCCUGGAGGGAAAGCGGCACAAGCUGGCGUGGCAGUUGGCGACUGGGUGCUGAGCAUUGAUGGGGAAAAUGCUGGGAGCCUCACACACAUCGAAGCCCAAAACAAGAUCCGAGCCUGUGGGGAGCGGCUCAGCCUGGGUCUCAGCAGGGCCCAGCCAGUUCAGAGCAAGCCGCAGAAGGCCCAGGCCCCUGCCGCGGAGCCUCCGCGGUACACCUUUGCACCCAGCGCCUCCCUCAACAAGACGGCCCGGCCCUUUGGGGUGCCCCCGCCCGCUGACAGCGCCCCGCAGCAGAAUGGACAGCCGCUCAGACCGCUGGUCCCCGAUGCCAGCAAGCAGCGGCUGAUGGAGAACACCGAGGACUGGCGACCGAGGCCAGGGACAGGCCAGUCCCGCUCAUUCCGCAUCCUUGCCCACCUCACAGGCACCGAGUUCAUGCAAGACCCGGAUGAGGAGAACCUGAAGAAAUCAAGCCAGGUGCCCAGGACAGAAGCCCCAGCCCCAUCCUCAGCUGCACCCCAGGAACCCUGGCCUGGCCCUACCACCCCAAGCCCCACCAGCCGCCCACCCUGGGCUGUGGACCCUGCGUUUGCUGAACGCUAUGCCCCGGACAAAACAAGCACAGUGUUGACCCGGCACAGCCAGCCAGCCACACCCACGCCUCUGCAGAACCGCACCUCCAUCGUGCAGGCCGCCGCUGGAGGGGGCACAGGAGGGGGCGGCAACAAUGGCAAGACUCCUGUGUGCCACCAGUGCCACAAGGUCAUCCGAGGCCGCUACCUGGUGGCACUAGGCCACGCAUACCACCCUGAGGAAUUCGUGUGCAGCCAGUGUGGGAAGGUCCUGGAAGAGGGUGGCUUCUUCGAGGAGAAGGGUGCUAUCUUUUGCCCCCCCUGCUACGAUGUGCGCUAUGCUCCCAGUUGUGCCAAAUGCAAGAAGAAGAUCACUGGUGAGAUCAUGCACGCCCUGAAGAUGACCUGGCAUGUGCAUUGCUUCACCUGUGCUGCCUGCAAGACACCCAUUCGCAACAGGGCCUUCUACAUGGAAGAAGGGGCACCCUAUUGUGAGCGAGACUACGAGAAGAUGUUUGGCACGAAAUGCCGAGGCUGUGACUUCAAGAUCGAUGCUGGGGACCGCUUCCUGGAGGCUCUGGGCUUCAGCUGGCAUGACACAUGCUUUGUGUGCGCGAUAUGUCAGAUCAACUUAGAAGGAAAGACCUUCUACUCCAAGAAAGACAAGCCCCUUUGCAAGAGCCACGCCUUCUCCCAUGUGUGAGCCCUCUAGCCCACUACUACUGUGGCCCCACCCGGCCUGAAGAAGAAGGGGCCUGGAGUCAUCACCCCCAGCAUUUCUGGGAAGGGCUGGCAAUGGCUGCCCCAACCCCAACUCCUGGCUGGAGCUUGGGGUUCCCUGGACCCUGUCCCACCCCUUCACUUCCCCACACACCCUUUCUCCACCUCCAUCACACACGGUGCUCCCACACCUGUUCACUUGUGCCACAAUAAACCUGUGUCCAGUUGUG